GCAGCAGAAUGGCUUCUUUACGGAUAAAGAAACCCAGUACACGCCGCGGCAAAAAAGCUUUAGAAGCACGGGAACCAAAAACGAUAGAGAAUCUGAAAAAAACGCUCAUUAUGGAAGGACGUAAAUGUUCGAAUGAGAUACGGCAUGCGUUGAAGGAUUUGAAUAUGCUGAAGAAACCAAACUCGCGCAUGAUGAGACACAAGAACGAUGUGACUCCCUUUGAAGAUGCCACCCCCUUGGAACACUUGGCAAAAGCAAACGAUUGCCAUUUGUUUCUGUUUGGUUCGUCGUCCAAAAAGCGUCCGAACAAUCUGGUCAUGGGACGCAUCUACGACGAACAGGUACUGGAUAUGGUUGAGUUCGGCAUCGAUCAGUACACGGCGCUGGAAAAGUUUAAGACGGAAAAAAUUUCCCAAUUCACCAAGCCGGUAAUCAUUUUCAACGGCUACAAAUGGAAGCUGACAGAGGAACUGCGGCGCAUCAAGAAUCUGCUGUUGGACAUGUUCCACAUCGAUCAUAUCGAUUCGAUCCGUCUGCAGGGCAUUGAGCAUGUGCUGAGCUUUACGCUAACGGACGAUCUUACCAUUAUGAUCCGUUCGUAUCGCAUCCAGCUGAAGAAGAGUGGCCAACGUACGCCACGGAUAGAGCUGCUCGAAAUGGGUCCUUCGCUAGAUCUGUCAGUACGGCGCACGAAGAUUGCAUCAGACAAUCUGUACAAGGUGGCAAUGAAACAACCGGCCAUUCUGAAGGCGGCCAAGCGGAAGAACGUUACGCGUGACGAGUUGGGCAAUGUGCAUGGUAGGGUGCACGUUGGCAAGCAGGACAUCAAUGUACUGCAGACAAGGAAGAUGAAGGGUUUGCGAAAGACGGCCGAAGAGAAGCGGAAGGAAAAGUUGGAGAAGCAGAAACGAAAUUCAGCCAGUGGUGGGGAAACUUCGAUGGACGAAGAUAUGGAGGGCGACUCGAAUGCGGAGGACAAUGAGGAUAUGGAUGAUGGUGAAGAAUGA